UAUGCUUUCGCUAUAAAGGCGAAAAUUGCUUACCGAUGUACGUCUAUGUAAAGUAUUGCUGUGUAUCAUUUAAAUGUCCAGAGUUGUAGCUAAUUUUUCACAAUGACGUGCUAUCGGAAAAAGGAUGGUGGGCCGAAUGUCAAAUUCUAUGAAUCUCCUGAUACCAUAGCUCAGUUUGACAAUGUUCGACAAUGGCUUCAAAAAAACUGCAAAAAGUAUAUUCAAGCAGAUCCACCCACAGCAAAAGGCCUCGCAUCUUUGGUAAACCAAUUGAUUCAAUUUCAAGAAGAUGCAUUUGGAAGAACUGUUAGUAAGCCUCCACUUACAAGAUUACCUAUGAAAUGUUUUUUAGACUUUCGACCUUCUGGAGGAUUAUGUCAUAUUUUGGCUGCUGUAUAUAAAUUCAAAUGUGAACAAGGAUGGAGACGUUUUGAUUUUCAGUCCCCAUCCCGUAUGGAUCGCAAUGUUGAGAUGUUUAUGACCAUCGAAAAAACUCUAGUUCAGAACAAGUGUUUAUCAUUACCUCAUAUAUUUAUCAUGCCUGAAGUUGAAAAGCAGCUUGUUCCACGGUUGAAGGAUAUUAUUAAAAGGCAUCAAGGUACAAUUGCUGAAAAUCCAGAUGAUGCAUCUCAUUUAGUACAUCCUCCUUUGCCAACAACUGAUGGGCCAGAGGACUGGGUGCGUGUGGUUUUUAGAAGGGAUAAAAAUGUUAUGUUGCAUUGGUGGUUUUAUCCAGAUAGUUAUGACACAUGGGUUACUGGUACAGAUAUUGACCAAGAGCCUGAAACUGCAGAAUCGGAAGUCCCAUAUGAGGUAAAUGCUCGGUGGUUGUUGGAUUUAGAUGAGUACAAUGAAUGGAUGAAUGUUGAUGACUAUGAAGUAGAAAUGGAUGCGCUGGGCAGAAGAAGGUCACCUCGUGGAAAGUAUACAAUAGAAGAGUUACUGGCAGGAGUUGAUGCUGAUAAAAAAGACAAGAAGGGUUUAAAGAAAAGAAAACGUUCACCCUCUCCUGUAUCAGAAAAAAGAAAAAGGAAGGGAAGUACUAGAGGCCCUGCUGUUGUAACAAAGAAGAAAUCAUUGCGUGGUGACGAUGAAUCUGAUGAUUUAACUAAAGAUAUGGAGGAGCCAUCACCAGAACCAAAUGUUCAAGAAGUUCACAUUCCAAAAAAUACAAACAACCCAAGAAGUAGCAAAGAUAAUGAAUCUCAACCGUUAAAAGGCGGAACAUUGUUAGAACUUGAUGGAAAUGAAACUGAUGACAAGGGCGAUAAGGAGGAGAAAAUUAAAACUUCUCAUCCUGGUUCUCCUAACAGUCAGAGUCGAGAUAAACCUGCUGAAGAUAACCAAGAUGACAAUGUGACUGAGCAGGCUAAUCAUAUUAUCAUCCCCAGUUAUGCAGCAUGGUUUGAUUAUAACAGUGUUCAUGCUAUCGAAAGAAGAGGACUUCCAGAGUUUUUUAAUUUGAAAAAUAAAUCAAAAACUCCAGAAGUCUACAUUGCAUACAGAAAUUUCAUGAUCGAUACAUAUCGGUUGAAUCCUACAGAAUAUUUGACCGUUACUGCUUGUCGACGAAAUCUUGCUGGUGAUGUUUGUGCAAUAAUGAGGGUGCAUGCGUUUUUAGAGCAAUGGGGUCUUGUCAAUUACCAAGUUGAUGCAGAUAGUAGGCCUACUCCUAUGGGUCCACCAUCAACCUCUCAUUUUCAUGUUCUUGCUGAUACUCCAUCUGGCUUGCAACCUCUAAAUCCACCACGUACACAACAACCUUCUGCUGCUCAGCAAAUGUUGAACUUGGAUAAAGGAAAGGAAAAUGUUGAACCUAAAAAUGAUGAAACAAAACCAAAUCUCAAUGACAGCUUUGGACUUCGUUUAGAUCAGUAUGCAAAAAAGAAUGCAUACUUGAAGAAUAAAGCUGCUGCUACUGUUUCUAGAGAGUGGACUGAACAGGAGACUCUUCUUUUGCUAGAAGCAUUGGAAAUGUAUAAAGAUGACUGGAACAAAGUGUGUGAACAUGUAGGCAGUAGAACUCAAGAUGAAUGUAUAUUACACUUUUUGCGGUUGCCUAUUGAAGAUCCAUACCUUGAUGACCCAGCCGCAGGAGGUGGAGCUCUGGGUCCACUGGCAUUCCAACCUAUUCCAUUUUCUAAGUCAGGAAAUCCCAUUAUGUCAACAGUGUCAUUUCUUGCUUCUGUCGUUGAUCCUCGAAUUGCUGCCGCAGCUGCUCAAGCUGCUAUGGAGGAGUUUGCCAAAAUUAAAGAUGAAGUACCAUCUGCUUUACUGGAUGCUCACAUUAAGAAUGUUGAAGCAGCUGCAGUUAAUGGAAAUACUGAUCCAAAAUCUGGUUUAGAUAUGACUGGUAUUGCUGGUACAUUAGAACGUGAUGAAGCAGAAGAAUCAGCUGAUAAGGAAAAGAAGGAAAGUACUCCACCAAGUCAAACAACGCCAGCUGCCCCAGCAGUUGAAAUCAAAGUAGAAAAUGGAAUUGAAAAACCUGAGUCUAUGGAUGUUGAUCAGCCCGCUCCAGAGAAGCCCGAAGUACCUGCUGAUGCCAAACCUGUAAAUGCCAAUGCAGAAUCUAAUGAAGUAGCAACUGAGCAACAAGCUGAAAACAGUGAAGUCGAUGGAGAAAAAGCAACAAGUGAUAGUCAACAAGAAUCAGCUGAUUCUGCUCCUGCAAAGCCUCCAGAAACAGAUCAAGAUAGGGUUUUGAAGGAUGCUCAGUUGUCUACGGCUGCAGCAGCAGCUCUAGGUGCAGCCGCUGUGAAAGCUAAGCAUCUUGCUGCUGUAGAGGAGCGAAAAAUAAAAUCUUUGGUAGCAUUAUUAGUUGAAACACAAAUGAAAAAACUAGAAAUAAAACUACGCCACUUUGAAGAACUUGAAGCCAUAAUGGACAGAGAGCGGGAAACGCUUGAAUACCAAAGGCAACAGUUAAUUCAGGAACGUCAGCAGUUUCAUAUGGAACAGCUGAGAGCAGCAGAAUUUCGAGCCAGGCAACAAGCUCAUGCAAUGCUGAUGACACAACCAAGUGGAGGCUCCGGUGAACAGGGUCGUGACUCCCCAGUUUCUCUCCCAGGUCAGUGUGCUCCUCAGCAAGCUCGACCUAGUUAUCCCAAUUCUAAAUCACCUGGUGCAAGUGCCACAGCAUUGAAUCAUCAAUCCAUCGCAUCUCCUUCAGUUACUUCUCCCCAUGCUGUACCGGUUCCAGUAGCGUCGACUACUCCACAGCCAAGUCCUAGUCCUGUACCACCAUCACCAUCCCCUGCUGCGCCUACUUUACAUCCUCCUUCCCAGCCAUCUCCUCAUCCAUCUCCAGCACCUAUUCCUUCUCCGGGACCUCCUCAAAUUCCUCCAUCGAAUCAGCCGAUGCCAAUGCAUUCUUACGUUGGACAGCAGCAACAUCCUCCACCAACGCAACAGCAACAUCCUCCUCCUGUACAGCACACUUACAUGCCAGGGCAUCCACCUUCAGGUCCACCUCCACCAUCUCAGAAUAUGAAUAUGGCUCCACAAAUGAUGAGUCACCAUAGCAGACCACCUCCAAUGCCAGGUCCUGGCCAUUAUCCUCCUGCUGCAGCUUAUCCCCCCAACGGUUCUAUGAUGUCUCAUGGUGGAAUUCGCCCUGCCGGUCCUGGAAUGAUGGCUUCGGGUGGUAUGCCAAGUGGAGUACCUCGUCCUCAACAUGGCAUGCCUCCUAUGCCUUCACAACCUUCUCAAGCUCAUCCUCAAAGUAUGGGAAAUGAACCUCCAAUGGGAGGUCAAAUGGUUGGUCCUCCUCAGCCUCAAGUUGCUGGACCGGAUGUAAGCGACUCAAGUAACAGCAAUAGCAGUGAAGCACUGAACAUGCCUCCUGCUGCCAGUCAACCUUGAGAAGAUCAUCAGGGAAAUGACUUUAAAACUUCAUAUAACAUUUUGAGGACUGGCAACGACGAAGAGCAUUGCAUACACUUUUCAGUUUUGGAUGUCUCAUUUUCUUUCUGCUACACUUUGCCUCAUUUGGUGGAUUAUAUAUUAUGUAAAUUUACUGAAAUAGUUUUUUUGUGCUGACAUUAUGGUCAAUUACAUGUAAUCUACACCUGCAGUGAAUUCUGGCUCAUUCAUUAGUUCAUUUCAUCUUUUUAGUAAUAAAACGUAUUUUAAAUAUCUCUUAAAAUAUGCUUUUUCAUUUUUGUAAUCAUUUUGGUGUAAGAAAUUGAAAAUGUUCUUCUAUCAUUCUAAUUUGUAAUGGAUCAAUUAGAAUAAAUUUGAAGUUCUACCAAA